CAGCUCUGUGAUUGGACGAUCCACACGUCAAUCAUGCGCGGUGACGGAGAGAAAAGACUGCGUUGGGUUUGCGAUGUGACAGAAACUGAGUCGUGAUCAUCCGGUCCAGCCGUGGGUGGAUAGCCUUCCCUAUUCACCAAACCCUUCGCUGAGAUUAUUACCGUGCCAGUUGGCGGAGUGGCUUCACGGACGACUAUUAUUCACAGUUUUUUUUCGGGGGGCGGGGGGGGUUAAUUAGCGUCUGCAUGUUUGUUUCUCGACGUGUGUGUGAGAAAGAAAAGCGGCUCGGUUAUCGUCGAGUUAUCCCCGGCUAAGCUAACAGCAGCUCGGGUGGGGGUGGAUUUCUCUUAUUUCGGCCCUCGGAAAACGACUAAAAUUACCGUCUCCGGAGUAUGUUGUGGGUCGGUGACAAGCAAAGGAGGCAGGUCUGAUGGAGGAGGAGAAGGAAAUGUCCGUGGUUGAGUAUCGAUUGAGCGAUCAAUAAAAGAGGUGUAAGCUAGAUCAGCGAAGCGACGCUAGUUGGUUCAGCUAAAACUGAUCAAGGAAGUUGACUAGCCACAUCGCUAACUCGGCGACAAAUGUAUUACUGGACCAAGGGUCGUCUCAAACGUCAGAGUUAUUAAAAGAGUUAAAGAUUCGUACACACACUCACACGACAUCCCGGUGAUGACAGUUUUUUUUAAAAGCUGGAGUUCAGGAAAUGUUGGUGGACUUUUAGGUUAAUUAAUUGCUAGCUAGCUGGUUGUUAGCCAGAAAGUCGGAGCUUGUUGUAAACAAAGAGUCUCGAGCUCAUCUUGUCCACAGCUGCCUGUUUCACGGACACAGCUGCCUUUUUUAAUUUAGCACUGAAAGAAAUCUCAGAGAUGGAUUUAAAGACGGCAGUAUUCAACGCAGCUAGAGACGGAAAGCUCCGGCUGCUCCAGAAACUGUUGGAGAACAAAGAUGGACACGAGGUGACCCAGCUGAUGGGCGAGAAGACGAAUGGGGCCACCCCGCUGCUGAUGGCCUCCCGGUACGGACACCUGGACCUGGUGGAGUACCUGCUGGAGUGCUGCAGUGCUCCCGUGGAGGUCGGCGGGUCUGUGAACUUUGACGGGGAAACCAUCGAGGGAGCGCCCCCUCUCUGGGCCGCGUCAGCGGCUGGUCACCUGAAGGUGGUCCAGUCCCUGCUGGGGCACGGAGCGUCUGUCAACAGCACCACCCUGACCAACUCGACCCCUCUUAGGGCAGCCUGCUUCGACGGUCACCUGGACAUUGUGAAAUACCUGGUGGAGCACAAAGCUGACCUGGAGGUGGCCAAUAGACACGGACACACGUGUCUCAUGAUCUCCUGCUACAAGGGACACAAGGAGAUAGCGCAGUACCUGCUGGAGAAAGGAGCAGAUGUCAACAGGAAAAGUGUGAAAGGUAACACGGCGCUCCACGACUGCGCGGAGUCGGGCAGUCUGGAGAUUAUGCGGAUGUUGCUGCAGUACGGAGCAUCCAUGGAGCAGGACGGCUACGGCAUGACACCCCUGCUCUCCGCCAGCGUCACAGGCCACACGAACAUCGUAGAUUACCUGACGACGCACCAGCAGACGAGCCACACGGAACGCAUCGAUGCUCUGGAGCUCUUGGGAGCCACGUUUGUGGACAAAAAGAGAGACCUGCUCGGAGCUUUAAAGUACUGGAAGAGAGCCAUGGACCUCAGGUACACGGACAGCAACAACAUUGUCCAUAAACCCGAACCCAAGCAGCUCAUCAUGGCAUACGACUAUGCCAGGGAGGUAACAAACGGAGAAGAGCUGGACGGUUUGAUAUCUGACCCGGAUGAGAUGCGCAUGCAGGCUCUGCUCAUCCGUGAGAGAAUCCUCGGCCCACAGCAUCCAGACACGUCUUACUACAUCCGUUACCGCGGUGCCGUCUAUGCUGACUCUGGGAACUUUGAGCGCUGUAUCAACCUGUGGAAGUACGCACUGGACAUGCAACAGAGCAACCUGGACCCCCUCAGCCCCAUGACAGCCUCCAGUCUGCUGUCGUUCGCCGAGCUCUUCUCCUUCAUGCUCCAGGACAGGGCCAAAGGGCUCCUGGGGACGUCCGUGUCAUUUGAGGACUUGAUGGGGAUCCUUUCCAAGAGCGUGUUGGAGAUUGAGCGGGCGGUCAAACAGUGUGGACCGAUGCCUCCCGACCCCGCGCAGCUGAGCAAGGCUCUGUCUAUCAUCCUGCACCUCAUUUGUCUUUUGGAGAAGGUGCCGUGUACUGCAGAGCAGGACCACUUCAAGAAGGAAACCAUCUAUAGAUUCCUAAAGCUCCAGCCGUGCGGUAAGAACGGCUACAGUCCACUACACCUGGCGGUCGACCGCAACACCACCUGUGUGGGCCGCUACCCCGUCUGCAAGUUCCCCUCCUUCACUGUCGCUUCCAUCCUGCUCGAGUGUGGGGCAGACGUUAACAGCCGGGAUGAAGAUGACAACAGCCCCCUUCAUAUAGCCGCAUCCAACGGUCACGCCGACAUCAUGAACCUGCUGAUUUCAUGCGGGACUCACUUCGACAGCACCAACGCCUUCCAGCAAACAGCCUGCGACCUCCUGGACGAGAAGGAGCUGGCCAGGAAUGUCAUCCAGCCCAUAAACCACACCACGCUGCAGUGCCUCGCCGCCAGGGCCAUCGUCAAGCACAGCCUCGACUACAGGGGAAACAUCCCCGAAAAACUAGAGGCCUUCGUCUUGCUCCACAGAUAAUGAUCGUGAAGACGUUUGGGGAGGGUAGGAGGAGGGAGGGGGAUGGACAGAUGGAAAGGGGAAGGGUGUGAUUCCAAGAAGUGGACUAGAGAGCAUUAAAGUUCAACGCCUGACCCACAAGGUGUUUGAGGAGAUGAAAGACACAUUUUUGUGGGUUGCAAAUUGAAACCAUUUGGAGAGUAUGAACUUGUGCACAAAAAAUGUCCUUGUUCAACCGGGAUUGGACUGAACGAUGAACGGAUUAAACGGAGGAACGAGUGACCGUUUUUCUUCUUCUGUUCAUUACGUCAUGGAGCCACAGGUCACAGCUCUGUCUGUGGGGAUGUAUUAGGAUGGAUGGCAACAUGGACAAAAGACAGUUGUAUCUCUGGAUGAACUGAGCAAGGGGUUUACGUAUUUUUGCUUUAGAAAAAAAAUAGAUUUUUUUUUUUUUUUUUUUUUUGCAUAUUCCACAAUGCUAUUUAUUGAAUGAAACGUGAGAGAUUUUUCUCCAUGCUGGCUCCAACCCAGCCUCAACUUUGCCUGCUUCUCUCUUGUCAAAGCAAGGAUUGAGGCAUUUCUACAUAUGCUGGGACUUCAGGUUUUUUUUUUUUGUUUUGUUUGUCCCAUCACUGUUGCCAACAGUCAUAAACCCUUUCUCAGUCAUCAUUAGGUUUUUUUUUUGUUGUUUUUUUUUUUUGUACUUUUUACAAUACAUUUAGUUAUUGUCCUGCAAAUCUGGAUAUCUGCCAAACGGUGCAGAAUCCAGUACAUUUGUCGUCCCCACUUUUAGUGUAUAACAAAGCUUUAUGAGAAGGGGUUAAAUGUCUGCGAACACCAUAAGUGCUUUAUUCUUCCUAUGCACAGGCUAGGCUGUUGGAAAGAGAGACUGUUGUAUUCUGUGCCGGCACUUGUCUGUGCAAUAUCUCUCAUGAGUUUUUGUGUUUACCUCAUUGCUGCCGUUUCCUUCAGUAUCCCCCCCUUCUCCACUCAAGGGGAGGGCGGAGGUUGGGAGGGGGAUGCAAAACCAUUGUACUGAUUGUUGUAAGAAGAGUGAAUGAAUUGGAGUGAGUGUGUAUGUUUGCGUGCGAGUGUGAGUGCCACAGGGUGUGUGUGGUUUUUUUUUGUUUGUUUUUUUUUUUGUUUUUUUUUUUUGAGCUUACACAAAUUAUUGAGGACAAGAGUUUGGAGUGGCACACAUGUGAGAUUCCAUUAUGCACAUGACUGCCACUAGAAACCGCAGCGGCCAAACUAACCGACUACAACCGCUGGAGUGUGCAGGCUUGUACACAGAAGUGACCUCUUAACGCUCGUACAUGGCCGACCUUUAAAAGAUGCCGCUGUUCUUUUUUUUUUUUUAAUAAUCUUGAUCAAAAAGAAAAAAAAGUCUGGGGUAGGUCACCAUCUUUGGCCCACUGUGCAUGUGCAGCGGCAGCAUAUCAACCAACCAAUCACUGCAGAAAACCUUUUCAUGAGAACUCCUAGACUCCGAACUAGACUACAGCUAGGACGCUCAUUUUGUACAACUCGUCGUCCAAUUGUAUGAGAACUGAAGACACAGUCGAGUGGGAGGACGCUUCAACGUACAGAAUAGUAAAGCUUUGUGAAUUAUCUUGUUUGCACAUUAGCUUUAGAUGUGUGGGUUGAGAAAAAAAAGGGCUUUUCAUAAUUCAUAGGAUUUCAUAUUGCAGUUUAUUUAACCUGACGGUUCAAAACCAGACAUAGAAAAUGUAUGACGACUCCCAGGGCAACUUGAUUUGAAUCUGCACUUUACUACAGCGGAGUUUAAGAUUUGAUAUGGCAUUAGUCAAGUUCAUGUCUUAAUAACCAGUUUGACAAUAAACCCAUCUUGCACUUGU